AUGGCUCUAGAAGAACCCAGAAAACCAAGUGAACCUAAAGCCUUUAAAAUUAUUAAAAAAAUGUAUAAGUACUGUCUUAAAACCAGAUCAACUGAAAAACAAGAUUUGGAUUUACUAUUAAAUUACAUUGAACAACUAGGAGGCUGGCCUGUUUUAAAAGAAAAUAGUUGGAAUGAGUCAGCAUUUGAUUGGAGGGGAAUGAAUUACAAAAUUGGCAAUAAAACUGCUUGGAUUAAUUUUUUUUUCAAGUUUAAUAAUCCAACAAAUUCAGAAAACGGUAGUUUGUUGAUAGACAUGGCUGAACCGCCUCUUAGUCAUACUCGAGAAGUGUUAGUAGAUUUAACUAAUAAAUUUAAAAAUAAAUUUUUUAUACAAAGUUACUUUGAUACCAUGGUGGCAAUAGCAGUUUACAUGGGAGCCAAGCCUAAAAUUGCAAGAAAAGAUCUAAGAGAUGCUCUCGAUUUUGAAAUGAAGCUUGGAAAAAUACUUCUCACUAAUGAACAGUUACAUAGUGAUCCAAAAUUUUAUUACAAGUCAAUGACAGUUGCAGAACUUGCUGGAAAUUAUUCAUUUUAUCCUUGGAAAAAUUCUCUGAAUAAUCAGUUUUCGCCAAAUAUAACAUUCAAUGAUGAUACCACAGUGUAUUUAGAUAAUUUUUUUUUUAUUAAAAACUUUGAAAAUCUUAUAAAAACAACAUCAAACAGAACAAUAGCCAAUUACGCAAUAUGGUAUGAAAUUCAAAAGCAUUCAUCGUUCAUCGAUAUCAAUAAAAAUGUCACACAAAAUUCAAGUUCUACGAAUGAUGAAUUUACAUCACAAAAAAUAUGUUUCGAUGAAGUUUCUGGAUUGUUUCCAUUAGCUAUUGGAGCUUUAUAUACUCGUAAAUAUUUUAACCAAAAUUUAAAAGAACAAAUUAAUAUCAUUGGGGAAAAUGUUUAUGAACAAUUUUCAGAAAUGUUAAACAGUUCAAAUAUAAUGGAUGAUGAAACAAAAGAAAAAGCUUUUUUAAUACUUGCUAAUAUGACACGCAAAGUUACUCCUCCAGAUGAAUUAUUUGAUGAUUCAAAACUUGAUGAAUACUACAGAGAGUUUGAAGUACUUGAAGAUGGAUAUUUGAACAAUCGUUUACGUGCAUUGAUAUUUAAUGAAGAAAUAUCUUGGGCACAAUCUUUUUCGGGAGAUGAAAUUCCUGAAACUGAUUGGAUCAGUUUUGGAAAAGCUACACACAUUCUCGUUCCUUUGUACAAGUUUUUAGGAAAUACAAUAGAAAUUCCAGGUGGAAUGCUACAAGGUAUUUUUUUUGACAAUGAUCGUCCUGAUUACAUUAAUUACGGUACAAUUGGUAGUUUGAUUGGUCACGAAGUAACUCAUAGGUUUGAUGAUGAUAGUAAAUAUUGGGAUCAUGAAGGAAAUUUAGAUGACUGGUGGACACCAUUGACAAAAAAAAGAUUCGAUGAUAAGGCUAAAUGCUUGAUUAAUCAGUAUGGAAAGUAUACAGUUCAACGGGUCAACUUGAAAAUUAAUGGAAAGAUCACUCUAAGUGAAAAUAUUGCUGACAAUGGUGGAAUAAGAGCUGCUUAUUUUGCGUACAAAAAAACAUUAAUGGAACAUCAAACUGUGAUAGAAAAAAAAUUACCAAAUCUCAAUUAUACAUUAUCACAAUUAUUUUGGAUAAGUACUGCAAAUAUGUGGUGUGAAAAGUCAAGCAAAAUUUCAUCUUCUUUUGCCUUAGCUACCGAUGUACAUUCCCCACAAGAAUUUAGAGUCAUUGGAAUGUUAUCAAAUUCACAAGAAUUUGCAGUUGACUCAAUGGGUAUACAACAACUCAUAAGAUCAAGUGGAAAUAAUCACGUGACACAAAUUGGUAGUGACACAAAUUUUUUACUCAAUGAAAAUAACGUGUGCACGACAACUUCCUGUAUUGAAAGUGCCUCAACGAUAUUAAAAAAUAUGGAUCCUCAUGUAAAUCCUUGUGAUAAUUUUUAUCGAUUUGCAUGUGGUGGAUAUUUAAACUCAACUGAUAUUCCUGAUGAAUCAUCCUACAUAGAUAUUUGGUCUCUCAUAAACGAUAAAGUUUCUGAAAAAUUAAUCACCAGUCUUGAAAAAGCCAUCAAAUCAAAUGAACCUAGAGCUUUCAAACUAGCAAAAAAUUUUUAUAAAUUAUGUAUGAACACAACAGCCAUUGAAGAACAAGGAUUAGAUUCACUUUACAGUUACAUUGAACAAUUUGGAGGUUGGCCUGUAUUGAAAGGAAAUAAUUGGAAUGAAUCAUCAUUUGAUUGGAAAGGAAUGAAUUAUAAAAUUGAUGGAAAAAAUAAUACAAAACGUAGUAUUUAUUUGACUGAUCCUCUACUUGGACAUGAUCGAGAAUACUUAGUGAAGGGUCUCGAUGAAGAACGAGUACAAACUUAUUUUUCAUAUAUUAUAAAUAUAGCAGUUGAAAUGGGAGCAGAUCCACAGCUGGCAAUGGAAGAUUUGAUAGAAUCAUUUGGAUUUGAAACUGAACUUGCUAAAAUAACACUUUCACAGGAACAAACAAUUGCAAAUUAUGCAAUAUGGCAUGAGAUACAAAAUUAUGUACCAUAUUUGAAUGAUAAACUUAAUAAUGUCAAGAAAGAUUAUUACUAUACUGGACAUGAAUCUAGACAAGAAAUAUGUCUUGGAAGUGUCAAAGGAUUAUUACCGUUAGCUGUCGGUGCGAUUUAUACACGUGAACAUUUUAAUGAUGAUGCUAAAAAACAUGUUGACGUUAUUGCAAAAAAUGUGCAGGAUGAAUUUUCAGAAAUUUUAAAACAUAGCAAUUGGAUUGAUAAAAAAAUUAAAAAAUUAGCUGUUAAUAAAGUUAAUAACAUGAUACGUCAAAUUGCAUAUCCAGAUGAACUUUUUAAUGAUACAAAAAUUGAUGAUUAUUAUAAAGAUUUUGAAUUUUUCGACGAAAGUUAUUUUAAUAGUUGUUUGAGUGCUAAAUCAUUUCAUAAGAAAAUUUCAUGGAAGUUAAUCAAAAAAACUGUUGAUAAAAAUGAUUGGAGUAAUUUUGGAUCAUUAACGAGUAAUGUUAAUUCAUAUUACAGCCGUAGUAGUAACAAAAUAUUGAUUCCUGCUGGAAUUCUUCAUGGCAUGUUGUUUGAUGAUUAUCGACCAAAAUAUCUAAAUUACGGAGGAAUUGGAAGUAUCAUAGGUCAUGAAAUAACCCAUGGAUUUGAUAUUCAAGGUAGUCAAUUUGAUGAUAAUGGAAAAUUGGCGAAUUGGUUGACACCAACUAUAAGUAAAAUAUAUCAUGAAAAAGCUCAAUGUUUCAUUGAUCAGUAUAAUAAUUAUACAGUUUCGGAAGUUGAAUUAAAGGUAAAUGGCAUUAACACUCAGAGUGAAAAUAUUGCAGACAAUGGUGGUGUAAAAGCUGCAUAUUUUGCAUACAAAAAUUGGUUAUUAAAAAAUAAUAUCGAAAAUAAAUUACCUAAUUUAAACUACGAGCCAAAACAAAUGUUUUGGAUAAGUUUUGCAAAUACAUGGUGUUCAAAGUAUAGAUUAACAAAUUUAAAAGACAGUGUCAAUCUUGAUAAUCACAGUCCAAAUGAAUUUAGAGUUGUUGGACCUCUUUCGAAUAUUCAAGAAUUUUCAAAUGACUUUAAUUGUCCGAUUGGGUCACCAAUGAAUCCACUGACAAAAUGCAGCAUUUGGUAA